GGUUAAUUUUAACGCCAUACAACUGUGCUUAAUGAUAUGUGUUAUCCUAAUCUUGUAAAUUUUUCAUGAAUGGUUUAGUACAAUGCUUCAUGCAAUGCAAUCAUUAUAUAGGAAUUAGAUAAGGCAGCCCGUGUAUGUCCCAGACGCGGUGGUAUCAAAACACUACGACCGCGGAUCGUGGAGAAACCCGCGCUACUAUUACUAUUACUAACCAUCGAAGGGAAAUCUAAUGAGAACUUCCAAGCAAGAUGGAAAAUUCAUCAUAAUCUUUGAGGUUGGCCCCUUCUGCACAUUCCCUACUGUUAGAUAACUUCCGAAUCCUCGUGUAUAAAAGUUAAUCAACGAAUUAGGAGGCAUUCAGUUGGUCGACUUUUAUCGCACAACAACAAACAAUACGAUGCCUUACAAUUUCGAAGAAUACAGCGAGUGCGGCCACGUAGAGGGCACGAUUGCCCACGUUGUGGACCUUCGAAGCGACACCAUCACUAAACCCACGGUGAAUAUGCGUAAGGCCAUCGCCAUAGCCGAAGUUGGAGAUGACGUUUUCGGAGAAGAUCCCACGGUGAACGAGUUAGAAAGAAGAUCUGCAGAACUUAUGGGCAAGGAAGAUGGCAUUUUUCUAACCAGUGGAACUAUGUGCAACAUAAUUGCAGUUAUGGUCCACUGUAACAAGCGAAGUGUUGAAUUUAUAGCUGGCGAUAAGAGCCAUCUUCAUCUAUUCGAACAAGGUGGUCCCGCAGUGUUAGCCGGAGUUCAAUCCUCCAUAAUUCCCAACAAUCCGGAUGGUACUUUCUCAUUGGAGGAAAUGGAAUCGAAAAUCAGAACCAGUAAUGAUAGCCAUGAAACUUCGACUGCACUAAUUGUAGUUGAAAAUACACACAAUCUGUGCGGGGGACGGGUUCUCCCAUUGGAAUGGCUUGAUAAGUUAGCCAAGAUCGCUGGGAACUACAAGCUACCACUCCACAUGGACGGUGCACGCAUAAUGAACGCGGUGGUGCAGAGCAAAGUGUCCGCGAAACGUAUCGCACGUGACAUGGAUUCUGUCUGCUUCUGCUUGAGUAAGGGUUUGUCAUGUCCAGUUGGUUCGGUCCUGUGCGGCAGCAAAAGCUUCAUCAAGCAAGCUAGGCGUUACCGAAAGCUGCUGGGUGGCGGAAUGAGGCAAGUUGGUAUUUUGGCAGCGGCCGGCUUGGUGGCCUUAGACGAAAUGAUUGAUCGCCUUCAGAUUGAUCACGACCACGCCUAUAAGAUCGCUAAAGCCAUUAGCGAUGCAGAUUCGGACAUCGUCCGCGUAGACCUGUCUGCUGUACAGACCAAUAUCGUUAACAUACAUCUGGAUACUGGAAAGAUUACUUCAAAGACGUUCUUAGAGCAGCUCGCCAAGAUAACAGAGACGGAAGAAGUCAGCGUGAAAGCCCUUUCCUUUUCGCCAUCCAGUAUUCGAUUAGUGCUACACUGGGAAAUAAAGCAUCAUGAUGUAGCCGCCGUAAUUCGAAAAUUAAAGUUCGUGAUCAAGGGACUUCACUGUCGUCGUUACAUAACGUACCUAGACGUGAAGAAUUGAUACAAGAUGGGAGUUUUUCGGAUACCAGUAACACCAGUAUUGCAUUUAAUAGCUUUAAGUGAGGAUUAGUUCAAUAUUUAUGUAUAUUGUACUAGCAAUGUUUUUUUGCUUC